AUGGAAGGCCGGGUGGGUGUAGGCCUGGUGCCCGGAAAUCGAGACUACGAUCCUUCCACACUCCUUUUUCUCCAAUCUUCAUCAUCUAGAGCCUUGACGGUUUCAAAAACCUACCUACACCAUACCUUUAUCGACGCAAAUUCCAUCAUGGCAUCUACAUCCACCGAAGCGCCUUCGAACACCAACCCAGACAACGAGAUGGUACUUAGCCUCGACGUAACUCUCCCUAGCGCGAUGCCAGUGGAUGACGGAAAACCUGGUCAGAACCGGACACUGGAGGAGGAGGGGGAGGAGGAACAAGAAAUGUCGAUCGUUGCGAUGGAACUGUCGAUCGUUGAGACAGCCGAUCCUUCGGAUACGAAAGGCAAACGCAAAGCCCCCAGUACCGACUUGGAUUCUCAACGCGAUAGGCAAAGGCAUUGUCUCCCUGGUCCUAACCAGAGCGAAAUCGAUAAGGAGCGCAAGGAAAGGAGGAAACUGGAACAGAACAUUGCUGUCCUUAAAAAAGAAAAUGAAAAGUUCAAAAACCGUGAGCGUCUCCAUCAAAGUGAUCUCGAAUUGGCGGAGAAGAUGUUGGAACAGACAGGACUUCAGAGCCUUGGACAUGAGCAUCUCGUCCAGUUGCAAUCCAAAUUCACGUAUCAGGACAGCACAAUCAAACAAUUGGCUCUCGAAAAGGAAAGGUUGGAGCUUUUGGUUAGUGCAGCUCAGAGCGAGAAGGACCGGGCCGCCCAACAGGCACACGAUUUCUACCAGCACGGGAAGGAAAUCACCGAAGCGGCUAACAGUUUCUUGAACGAACGCGAAAGAGAAAACUUCCUAUUGUGCGAAGAAGUGAAUAUGUUUAAAAAUCAGUUGAACGAAGCUCGCCGAGAACAGGAGCAGUUAAAUAACAAAAUUCAGUUGCUGAGAAACUCGCGCCGUCGUCGAGGAAGGCGAUCUCCCCAACCUGACGAACCUAUAAAUGGCACAGAUGCCGAUAUUGACGAACCUUCAAGUUCGUCAUCUCCAACUGCCACAUCCUCCACCCCCGCAGGUCCUGCUCCACCUUUGCAUGGACAGCCUUCACCCUCAAUCCCCACUGCUGCUCCUACACCCUCCACCGGGCCUGUUCCAUCUUCCUCCGAUACUCCAAGUAGAACUUCAUCAGCAAGGACACCUGAUCAAUCAUCCAGUAAUCCACCCAGGGCUUCCUCGUCUACUACAUCUUCCACAUCAUCCAGCACUUCCCCACCACAGCCAAAUCCUUCCUUGCUCAGCGACCAUGACUUGUUUUUCCAGGCUGCUCAAGCGUUCUUCCAAUCGCACUUUAACGGGCAAUCCGCCGUCCUGCCUCCACAGGGUUCGCAACCCGCCACGCCAGCUCCUCAGGCUCACUCACAGCCUAAAAAGCGCAAGGUGCACACCCCCAGGCUGGGAAGCGCUCGCUACAAGGCCAUCGUCAAGCAGCAGGCUAAACAGAACCUGGGCGACGCCAACGCGAGUGAAUGGGCAGCCUUAAUGCGUGAUAUUUAUGCGAGCUGUACGGGGAUGCCAUACCUCACGCGCUUUGAAAGCUACACCCCUAUCGAUGAAGAGACCAUCGAGAAUUUCCGCAAAGGUGGUCCUGGUCCUGUAGGACCGAACCGUUUUUGGUUUUACUUCGGGCCCUCCUACGCGACCUCGAAUUGGAACCGUCGUGUCUUUCGUGACAUGGCUUCCCUGGUGCCAGCUAAGCAGGCAGAGCGCGGUUUGGUGGGUUACUUGACAACCGAAGCUGCAGAGUCUUGGUUCCACAGCUUCCUCGUCCAAUCACAGAAGUCUUGGUCUGCCGGUAGACCUCGUAUACAUCCCUCUGGAACCAGAUACGAGACCAACGCCGAAGCUAAUGCUCGUUGCGCGGAAUACACAAAGAAACGUGAACGGGAUGUCAAGAGAAGCGGGUACAAACUAGCUAAAUUAGAGAAGCGUAGGAAAGGCAUCGCUUCUCUGCUGAAGGAUCCGCGAAAUUCAGCCCAGCAAAAGAGGAACUUGGAGAUGCUCUCAGCUGUUGUCGAGGAACUUGACGUGGAGGGUCAGUCAUCAGAAUAUAGUGAUGUGGAGGCGCCUUACGGGCCCGAUGGCACUCGUCCGCUAAAAACUCGCGUUCCCUAUUACCGGCGUCGUGCCAUAGGUGAUGCCCUGAAGGACCUUGACUACUCGAUCAGGGUGAAACGGAUUACAGGAGCAGCUCAGGGAACAAAUUCUAACGUGCGUCCCAGCCGCAUACGCGACUCUUCGAACAUCAUAAGCACACGCAAGAAUAUCAAGAGCCUCCCCAAAUCGUUCUACCACAAACGGUUACUCAGGCGUUUGGAGAAGACGGAUCGUCUAGCUCUCGAAGAUCUUGAUGUGGAUGAGAAGCAGAUACCGCAUUUCGAUCAUUGGGCGGCGGCUCAAGGAGCGUCUACCUCAGAAGGUGAGACGGAUGACAUGGAGCUUUCAGAAUGA